GUUCUCGUCAUUUAACUAUUGUUGCGGGACCGUACAAUCUCCCACGUUUUUCCGGAGGAAGAGAAUGAGCACAUGGUGUCGAUGAUGUAGCGACAUCAAAACCAAAAGCGGAGAGAGGCUCUUACUCGACAGACUCAUCGGAAUCUCUUCUCUUCCGUUUCUCACCAACGAUGAUCUGAUCUAAAUCUCCUCCAAAAAAAAAAGGAAAAAGAAAAGAAGCAAUCGCUCCAAAUGGAUGCGGUAGCAGUUGCAAUCGGCAGUAGUAGCUUCCGUACCUUUAGCUGCAGAAAAUCGAAGUCCCCUUCUUUCAAUCCCGUCUAUUCCAAUCCUCUAUCUUCUCUCCUCCGCAGGCCCUUCUCUCGCUGCCCUAACACUCGCCCUCUCCGAUCUCGGCCGUCUGGUUCCCGAGCCCACGGCGAUCACACUCAUCAUCACACCCAUCAAGAUCAUCACGCCCAUCACAAUCACCACCACCAUCACCACCAUCAACACCAUGAUCAUCAUCAUCAAGAGACAAAGCUGACGGGGACUCAGGAAGCCGUCCUUAGCUUUGCAAGAAUGACACGGUGGGCCGAGCUGGCGGACUUCCUUCGGGAGCAUUUGCAGCUUUGUUGCUGUUCUACGGCUCUGCUCCUUGCUGCUGCCGCUUGCCCGUAUUUUCUCCCGAAGCCAGUCAUUAAACCUCUCCAGAAUGCUUUCAUCACUGUCGCGUUCCCUCUCGUUGGUGUAUCAGCAGCCCUUGAUGCGGCUAUGGAUAUUGCUGCUGGUAAGGUAAAUAUCCAUGUCCUCAUGGCUCUUGCAGCAUUCGCAUCUGUAUUCAUGGGAAAUUCCCUUGAAGGAGGCUUGCUUCUUGCAAUGUUUAAUCUAGCCCAUAUUGCGGAAGAAUAUUUCACAAGCCGCUCAAUGAUUGAUGUUAAGGAGUUGAAGGAGAAUAAUCCAGAUUUUGCACUUGUACUGGAAGGAGAUGACAGCAUGACACCUCAUUUCUCCUCACUGUCAUACAAAAGGGUUCCUGUGCAUGAUCUGGAAGUGGGUUCUUACAUCUUGGUCAAAGCUGGUGAGGCUGUGCCAGUAGAUGGGGAAGUUUUUCAGGGUAGAUCUACUAUUACAAUUGAGCACCUAACUGGGGAAGCCAGGCCACUGGAGAGAAAAGUUGGGGAUAGAAUUCCAGGCGGUGCGAGGAACUUGGAUGGAAUGAUGAUAGUCAGAGCGACCAAUACAUGGAAAAAUUCUACAUUGAGCAGGAUUGUUCAAUUGACUGAAGAAGCACAACUAAAUAAGCCAAAGCUGCAACGGUGGCUAGAUGAAUUUGGAGAGCGUUACAGCCAGGUUGUUGUAGUUCUUUCUCUUGCGGUUGCCCUCAUUGGACCAUUUCUUUUUAAGUGGCCAUUUAUUGGCUCCUCAGCUUCCAGAGGAUCCAUUUACCGGGCAUUGGGGCUUAUGGUUGCAGCAUCUCCUUGUGCAUUGGCUGUUGCUCCUUUGGCAUAUGCUACUGCAAUAAGUUCUUGCGCAAGUAAGGGAAUAUUGCUCAAGGGUGGGCAUGUAUUAGAUGCUCUAGCAUCUUGUCACUCCAUUGCAUUUGAUAAGACUGGAACGUUGACAACUGGAGAGCUAAUGUGCAAAGCGAUUGAGCCAAUUCAUGGACAUUGGACGGGAGCAGACUCAAAAGUUGCAUCGUGUUGUGUUCCUAAUUGUGAAAAGGAAGCUCUUGCUGUAGCAGCGGCCAUGGAGAAAGGAACCACACACCCUAUCGGAAGAGCUGUUGUUGACCACAGUUUAGGGAAAGAUCUUCCGUAUGUUUCUGUUGAAAGCUUUGAAUCCCUUCCUGGUAGGGGUGUGUUUGCAACAUUGACUGGAGUCCAGUCAGGAAGUAAAAGUGGUGAGUUGAAGGCAUCACUUGGUUCUGUGGAUUACAUUGCCUCACUAUGCAAAUCUGAGGCCGACUCAAAAAAGAUAAAGGAAGCUGUGAGCACUUCUGUACAUGGCACGGAUUUCGUUCACGCAGCUCUAUCGGUCAAUAAAAAGGUAACACUAUUUCAUUUCGAAGAUAAGCCCCGACCUAGUGUUGCCAACAUUAUAGCUGCAUUAAGAGAUCAGGCAAAGCUACGUGUAAUGAUGCUAACUGGCGACCAUGAAUCAAGUGCACUGAGAGUUGCAAACACUGUGGGUAUCAAUGAAGUCUACUGCAGCCUCAAGCCCGAGGAUAAGCUUAAUAAAGUGAAAAGUAUUUCAAGGGAUGCUGGUGGAGGUUUAACAAUGGUAGGGGAUGGCAUCAAUGAUGCACCUGCACUUGCUGCUGCUACCGUGGGUAUCGUGCUUGCUCAACGUGCUAGUGCAACUGCUAUCGCUGUUGCAGAUGUGCUGUUAUUGCAGGACAAUAUUUCUGGUGUGCCAUUUUGUCUUGCUAAAGCCCGUCAAACAAUUUCACUGGUGAAGCAAAGUGUGGGACUCGCAUUAUCAUGCAUUGUUUUUGCCGCUCUUCCUUCUGUUCUUGGUUUCCUGCCACUGUGGUUGACGGUUCUUUUACAUGAAGGGGGGACCCUUCUCGUCUGCCUAAAUUCAAUCCGAGCUUUAAAUGAUCCCACUUGGUCCUGGAGAGAGGAUCUCCAACACAUGCUUGGUGGAUUUAAAGAAUCGAUAGCUUUGCUCCUAAAGAGACCUUCCUCCAACACCAUCCAGGCGGCACCCUUGUAACUUGCAUGCUUUGUAGGUUGGUGGUUUUCCGCCCAUUGUUUGUAUGAAUGAAGUACGUGGUUGGGCAUUAGACAUGAGGCUAGUAUGGAAAAUAAUGAAAAUCAUUGUGGGGAGCA